AUGGCCGCCGCGAGACAACUACGCACUCUCCAAUCCCAACCUGACAACAAAGUAUGCGUCGAUUGCGCUCAAAAGAACCCCCAAUGGGCGUCAGUCUCCUACGGAAUCUUCAUGUGCUUGGAGUGCUCAGGUAAGCACCGAGGAUUAGGCGUACACAUCUCCUUCGUCAGAUCCGUGACCAUGGACUCGUGGUCCGAGAUCCAGAUCAAGAAGAUGCAAGCCGGAGGCAACGAGCGGCUCAAUAGCUUCUUCGCGCAAUACGGAAUCGCUAAGGAGACGGAUAUCGUCUCUAAGUAUAAUUCGAAAGCGGCAUCCGUGUAUCGUGAUCGGAUCCAGGCGUUAGCUGAAGGUAGGCCAUGGAGUGAUCCGCCGGUCGUCAAAGAAGCAACUAGUGGUGGUGGGAUGCAUAAGAAGCCUCCGUUGGCUCAGGGAGGUAACAAUGGAGGGUGGGAGAGUUGGGAUAACGACCGGUCUUCAACGGAUAUGAGGCGGAAUCACUCUGAGAAUGAUUUUAGGGGGAUGGGAGCUCGAGGUGGGCCGGUGAAGUCGAAGUCGUCGGAGGAUAUCUACACGAGGUCGCAGCUGGAGGCUUCGGCUGCGGGGAAGGAGAGUUUCUUUGCUAGGAGAAUGGCGGAGAAUGAGUCUAAGCCUGAAGGGCUUCCUCCUUCUCAGGGAGGCAAGUAUGUAGGGUUUGGAUCAAGCUCGGGUCCGGCGCCGAGAAGUAAUCAGCAGGAUGAUGUUUUAUCCGUUGUGUCUCAGGGGUUUGGAAGAUUGUCUAUGGUUGCUCAGUCAGCUGCAAGUGUUGUUCAGACAGGAACUAAGGAGUUCACGUCUAAGGUGAAGGAAGGUGGGUAUGAUCACAAGGUGAGUGAAACUGUAAAUGUAGUAGCGAGUAAGACAACAGAGAUAGGACAGAGAACAUGGGGGAUCAUGAAAGGAGUAAUGGCAAUUGCGUCACAGAAGGUCGGAGAGUACACUAAAGAAGGAACAACAACCUGGAACCAGCAUAACGAAAGUGAGAGCAAUGGUUAUUACCAGAACUUUAGAAAUGAGAACAAAGCAGCGAAUUCAUCUGUUGGAGGAAGAGGGUCACAGUCAUCGUCUAAUGGUCAUUACAAUAAUUCUCAGAAUUCAAAUUCUUGGGACGAUUGGGGAGAGAAUGAGAGUACGAAAAAGGAAGCAGUAGCUCCAAAGGGGUCAUCGGCUGAUGGUGGCUGGACUGGUUGGGAUGAUCAUGAUGUUUAUAACCAAAGUGCCAGCAACCAGAAAUCAGCUGAUCAUAACGGGAAGUCAGACACCGCUUGGACUGGUGGAGGUUUUCACUGAAGGUAAUAUGCAUGCCGGUGGAAAGAAGUGUAUAAUUAAUUAAGUUGAAUAUCAGAUGAGGAUUGGUCGUCAUUUUAAAACAACUUUUAUCCAUUGUCACACAUCUUUGGUUUUCUUCAUAAAAGUUAGCAGUUUCUUUAUACUUUUUUAUGUAAGGAGUUGCAUGUUUGUAUAAGAUCCAUACCCAACUAUUUUCUGCUAAAGAUUCUCAGUCUUUCACAAUUUUAAAUUUAUUUUCAACUGGAAAGUGAGGAUUCUUCUCCUCUGCUGACAACUGUCUAAAACGCCACCAAGAGUAGCCUAAGCCCUCUGAAAACUUCGCUUUCUGCAUCACCAAUAUUCACUAACUUUACUAGUGUCUCUCCAUUGAUAACGUGAGAGGACAUUCAGCCAACAUUAAUAGCUCUACAAGAAAAUCCACAGCUUCACGUAUUCGUUCCCUUCCAUUGAAAAACAAUUCUAUAAGAGACUGCGAUUAAUUCUUUAUUGUUU